CUCUGCCCCCUUUACAUGGCAGGACAAUGCCCUGUGAGCGCCAUUGAUUUCUCUUCGCUGCCCGUGACUCGUGAGCAAGGCGACGGCAGAAACGCCAUGCAGGAAGUAGCAGGCCGUCCCCUCCAUCCCACCGCUCAGCUUCAAGGGGCAGAGAUGCCAGUGGGAGGCGGCGGCUGGUCCCAGCAGCUCCCCUUCGGCAAAGAACUCUUCCAUGUCCAGCUGCAGGUCCCGCAGGUCCUGGAUCUCCUGGGCGAUGGAGUCCAGGUGCCGGAGAAGCGCCAGCUCCGGCAAUGCAGGGCCUUCGCCCGCCGUCCGUACGGCAGUGCCGCCUCCUCGGACCCUCCAAAGGACGGCAUCCUUCAGCGGCUCUGUAACCGGUACUAUGACAUUGAAUACCUCGUCAACUGGAGCGCGAAGCUUCCCUCCAAAAACCUGCGAAGGAAGAACGCGUACUACCGCUACACCAAGGACCUCUACGGAGACAACGCUGCCGCCGCCUUCUUCGUCCUGACCCACAGAGGAAGAGUGAGGUUUCAAGGCCAGGAGACCUGGUUCUGUGUGGACCAGCGCGGGAAGUUCAGCUUCGAUUUCCUGCAGCUCCGAGACGUGCCCGUGGUGGCCAUCGACCUCGCGGGCUCCGUGUUGAACUACGAUGGGGUGGAUAACCUAGUGAAGCUGACGGCGCUGCAAUCCCUGGACCUGAGCCGCUGCCCCCACGUUGACGACUGGACCCUAAGCCGGCUGCAUGUCUUCAAGGACAGCCUGGAGGAGCUCUCGCUGGCUGGGUGCCCCCAGGUCACGGAGCGGGGGCUGGCUUGCCUCCACCAGCUCGAGCACCUGCGACGCCUCGAGCUCUCGCACCUGCCCUCGGUGCCCGUCCCGGGGCUGGUCCGCAUCUUGGUGGAGGAGAUGCUGCCCCGGUGCGAGGUGGUGGGGCUGGCCCCGGUUUCUGGUGCCCAGACGAGCAGGGACGGGAGAGAGGAGCCCAGCGGGGCCAGGAGAGCUGGCGAGAUCCCUGCCUGACGCCCGGCUGCCCUGACGCCCGGCUGCCCUGCCCCUGGCUUUUCCCGACGCCGAUGGAAGAGAUUGGCGCAAGCCGCGCUCCCCUCCGACCCCAGCGUCGCCGGAGACCUGGGCGGCCCGGGCCCCCCGCUUCGCUCACCCCUAGGACAGGGCUGGCAAUCGGCAGAACCGCGCUGUGGUCAUUAAAGGCCCCUCCCUGUGC